GCGGCGAGGGGGGGGAAACAAAACCCGAGUAACGGCCAGACCGCUUCGCCUCGAGUCCGCGCCGCCGCUCCGGCGCAAACCGGUAGCUGUCAUCCCGGGGAACACUUGUUAAUCACGGGCUUGGAUCGCAGCGGUGACGCCCGGACGCGGCUAACGGCAGCUAGCUAACUUUUACCUAAACUCGAACCAGCUGCGGGAGUUCUCCCCUCGCGGUUUAUCAGGAGAUAAAAGUGGUUUCAUCUGUUUACUUGUUCUCUCUCGGUGUCAUCAUGACUCAUGUUCAUUACAAGUUCUCCUCCAAACUCAGCUACGACACGGCGGUGUUCGACGGGCCGCACAUCACGCUCCGGGACCUGAAGAAGCAGAUCAUGGCCCGGGAGAGGCUGCGGUCCGGGGACUGCGACCUGCAGAUCACCAACGCGCAGAGCAAGCAAGAGUACACUGACGAUGAGGGUCUCAUCCCCAAAGGCGCCUCCGUCAUUGUGAGGAGGAUCCCCAUCAUCGGAGGAAAGUCCGGCUCGAGCAACAAGACCCACCACAAAGACCGUUCAGUCACCCAGCUCCAACACGCCUAUGAAGUCGUCAAAGCAAUGGACGCCCAGGCUUCCUCCAGCACCUUGCACCUUUUCUCCAAGAUGACAAACCUGGCUGACGCCGAUGUGUCAGAGGAGGAUAAGAUCAAAGUUUUGCAAAAUCAGUCUGCCUACGAUUCCGUGAACUACAGCAAGAGGUUUGGUACAGUUCUCCCUGCAAACUACACUUGUUAUCGCUGUGGAAACACUGGUCACCACAUCAGGAACUGUCCCACCAGCGGGCAAGAUAAAAGUUAUGAGGCCCCACUGAGAAUAAAGAAGAGCUCCGGCAUCCCCCGAUCCUUCAUGGUCGAGGUGGACGACCCCAGCGUCAAGGGAGCCAUGCUGACCAACUGUGGACGCUACGCCGUGGCUGCCAUAGACGCGAAGGCGUACGCCAUCGGGAAGAAGGAGAAGCCUCCAUUUUUUCAACAGGAUAAACCAAAGUCAGAAGUCGAGGAAGAUCCUAUCCCUGAGGAACUCCUCUGUCUGAUCUGUCACGAUCUGCUGAGCGACGCUGUGGUUAUACCCUGCUGUGGAAACAGCUACUGUGACGACUGUAUUCGCACCACGCUGCUGGAUUCAGAGGAACACGUCUGCCCCACUUGUAGCCAAUCAGACGUCUCCCCUGAUACCCUGAUCGCCAAUAAAUUUCUCCGACAGGCUGUUAACAAUUUCAAGAAAGAGCGAGGCCAAAGUAAAAGUCUGCCAGUAAAAGGUGGCACCUCCCAGUCCCAAAAUCCAACCCCAACGCCGAGCCCUGCCCGCUCACCACCACCCCCUCCCCCAGUGCAGAGCCAGCCUCAGCUGCCUCAGGAGCCGAUGUGCAGCGAGCAGGACUCUCCCCUGCACUGCCCAGAGGUCGAAGACACACCGCCACUUUCUGAAAAUCCUCCUGCUGCAACAGGCCCCACGUCUCCUUGCAACAAGCUUAGCACCUCCCUUCAGACUGAGCUAAGCUGCUUGAAGACACCCGACAGGGAGGCUGAAGGAGAGACACAGGAUGACUCAGCUGCUGCUGCUGCUGCCACCACUCCUCCUCCUGUGCUGCUGUCCGACAAAGAUCCCGCUGCUGCUCCAUCACCAUUGGUUGAACACACAACUGUGGCAGAGCCGCCUCCGACGGUCACUGUGGAACUACAGCAGUCCCCCUUAGCAUUUUUCUCUGAAUCCAAAGGUCCAGGGCCAAGACACCCACCGCCCUCAUCCUGCUGGAGCGGGUUAGUAAACUGUGUUUGCAUGCUGAGUUGUGUUUGUGACUCUACCCAUUGUCUCAGGGUUGAUCUAUUCUCCCUCUACCUUCCCCACAGAGCCUUCCCCCCGUCAGGUUGUCCCCCUGGAGGCUGGUCUGAAUCCCAGCAGCUUACGUCUUCCCCCUGCUCUGCUUACACAGUGCCUCCACCACCUCCUCUCUUUCCCUCCCCCCUUUUUCACACGUACCUCUCAGCUCACCAGUCUCACACCAGUUACCCUCCUGGCUACCCUCCACCUGCCACGCCCAUCUGGACACUCCCGUGCCCCCAGGGUGCCCCGCUCCCCUCCCUCUGCUCCUCUACCUCCACCAUCCCCGCCCUCGUCCCCAAGGAGUGGUACAGGCGUCAGACAGAGAAGAAGGAAAGGUCUCCUCACAGAGGAUCUACCCACAGACACUCCUCCUCUCGCUCUCAGUCAAAGUCGUCUAAGUCCAAAUCGUCUCGCUCCUACUCUUCAAGCAAGUCCAGGUCCCGCUCACGAUCCAGAUCCCAAGGCAGAUCAAGACCCCGCUCACCUUACUCCCGUCACAGAGAUCUCCACACCCGCUCUACUCCCUCGUACAGCUACGGCUACAGACGCUCUCCUACACCGUCCUCGUCAUCUUCCCCUCAUGUUGGUCACCACUCCAGGUCCAAGUCACCGUCAGAUCACCGGAAAAACCGCCACCACAGCCGCCACCACCACACCAAGAAGUCUGCUUCGAGCAGCUACGGCUCCGCGAGGCGAGGAGAACGCUCCGGGAGGGAAGAUGGAGGCUUCGGGGCGAGUUUGACCACUUCCCACUACGCUCAUCAUUCAAGUCAAAGGAGCGGCCUGGAGCUGGAAACAGAGCGCUACCUACAGUGGAAGAAAGAGUACAAAGAGUGGUGCGAGAAAUACUUCAACAGCUACGUCGGCCCCUUCCACCAGCUGCCUCUCCCCUUCAUCAAUCUUCCUCCUCCUCCUCAGUGGGAAGGAAGCAAAUCAUACUCACCCGCCAACUUGGACUCUCGCUACAGACAAGCAGCCAGGACGCACGGCCGCUCCCCUCCAUCACAGUCAUCCAGUGACAGCCGCUCCCCUCUGUCUCGUUCUUCAAGUGACAGUCGCUCCACUGCGUCUCAGUCAUCCAGCGACAGUCGCUCCCCUCCGUCUCACACGUCCAACAACAGCCGCUCGCCUCCCUCUCAGUCGUCCAGCGAUAGUCGCUCCACGCCAUCCGAGGACGGGGCCGAGCUGAAGGCAUGUACACAGCAGAAGGUCGACCUACUGCCGAUCACUUUUACACAGGGCAGUAAGGAGGUGGAACUGCAAGAAACAAGUAAGGACGACAAGAAGGUGAUCAUUAGAGAUGUGGAGGACCUCAGCCCCAUAAAGUGUAAGCAAAAGAAGACACAAAAACACGGCGAAGGAAGAGGAGAGGAGUCGUCAUCCCCUGCAGCUGCAGAUUCAACCGACAACAACAGAAAGGAUGAGAGGGGGCACGACCCUGAACCACAUGCCUGCAAAGAUGGCACCUCAGUGAAGGAUGAAGCAACCUUUCAAUCCACUUUGAAACCAGAUCAAUCUUUGGAUAAAGAUUGUGUAAGAAGCAGAGACAAGGGGGAUUUAGAAGAAAAGAAAGGGCGGAGAAGAGGCAAGGAUUCAGACUCGAGGCAAGAUGUAGAGAGACGGCACAGAAUGAAGUCCAGUAGAGGGGCAGAUAGGGUGGAGACAGACAGAUACAGACACACCGGAGGCAGAAAAGCUCCUGACUUAAGCUCAGAGAAGAACAGAAAAAGAAAAGGAGAGACACCAGAGAAAAAAGAAGCCAGCAAAGAUGAAUCCCCCGAACUGAUUGAAGAAAAGAAGCAAAAUAUUGAGCAGAAAAAAGAGAGUAAGCCGUGGCCUCUUAAAGAGAAAGACAUCUGGGAGGGAAGAGUAACAGUGAAGCCCCAGAAGAAAAUAAGCAUCAACAUCAACUUUGAUGUUAAAAAGAAAGAGGAGAAACCUGAAAAACAGGAGAGCACCAUAGGAAAAUCAGAGGAUGAAAUGGAGAAGACGGUUGAUGGAGAGGAGAAGUUAAACAGAGGAGACACUGACGUUGAACUUGAUGAAAAGAAGAAGUCAAGCAGAGAAAAGGAAGAACAAAUCAAACCAGAUGACGGAGAGCCGAGGCAGUUGUGGGAGAAAGCAGCCAUCGGAAAUGACAAGAGAGGGAUGUGGGUUACCCUCGCAGCAGAGGAAGAAAAUGAUGGAGAAAAUAAAGAUGAGGACUUUGACUCAUGGCAUUGUGCCCCCAGAGGAGCCGAGGAGGAGGAGGAGGGUAACAAUCAGAUGGAGGAAGUAGAUGAGAGUUGGAGCAUGACUGGAAAAGAGGAGAAAGAAGAGAGAGUGAGGAGAGAGAGAGAGAUUGAAGAGUUUUUCCAAAUCUCUCAGAAGGAGAAGACAGAGGGAGAAAGCACAUGCGAGGAAAACAGAGGAAACCUGCCUGAGGGAGUGAAGACGAGGGUGAGGAAAGAAGAAGAAGACGAGAUGAAGAUCACACCACAGAGGAGCAGCAACGAGAACCACCACGACGGACCUAACUCCAUCAGGAUGGAUGACGACAGCAGCUGUGAGGAUUCUCAGGAGAAGUGGGCAGUGGUUAAAGCUCUGGAGGAAAACAUCCAGGACACAGCUGUCGAGGAUCAGCUCGUACUCAUACAGGUCCCUCGCUCCAAAUGGGAGAAGGAAGAGUCCUGGGAGGAGGUGGAGAAUGAAGGAGAGGUCAAAGCUCCAGACCCUCGGCCCGUGAUUCUGCCUCCAGCGUUAGUGACACCAACCGACAGGGAGACAGUGGGAAAGGAGAGGCAGAGGUCAGUGGACACAAAGAAAGACAGGGACAGACAGAAAGGAAAGGACGAGGAGCGAGAGAGAAGUUUUGAUAGGAGUAUGGCUCCCUCUAGUGGUAGAGACACGAAUGACGGCACCUGGUGUGCAGACAGAGAGAGGGAGAGAGGGAUGGAGAGGGGGAGGGAUAGACAGAAAGAGACCAAGAGAUCUAAAGAUAGGACAAGGGGUGAAGAAAGAGGGAGAGACAGAGGGCACAGCAGCUCUGCCUCACUCCAAAAGAAGAAUCUCCCUUCCUCCAGUCAUUUCUCCCAGCAUUCAAUGUCACAGGACACAGAGAGGAGAGGGCGUCAGCAAGGAGGCGACCAUGACCACAAGAAGAGCUCCACCUCCUCGCAUCCCGGCGGGAAGCACUCCAGCAGUGGAAGCAGGGAUAGGAGAGCUGUGGAGAUGCCUGAUAAACACGCACACAAAACUCAAAGAGACACUCCACUGGACCCAAAACGUAAAGACAAACACUACCAUAGUCACCGAGAAUCAUCAGGGAGGAGACACCAGGACAGAGCCCCAGGGACCCAACUUUCCUCAGAGUUCCCCUCAGAGUCCUCCAGCCCAAAGCCCAGAAUGAGCAGCUCUGGACUAGAGCUGAAACAGGACAGAAGUAGAAAUGAGAGCAAGGAAGCGAAGGAAUGGACGGGAAACAAAGUGGGAAGAGAGGCCGAGGCAGAAGGAGGGAGCCUGUGGCGAGACGUGGACCAGCAAAUGUCCCAGGAGAUCAAGUGGGAAGACCUGGAGGAGGGAGAGAGACCCAGCAGCAGCAGCUCAUCAGCGAGCCAGGACGGCAGCAAGGAUGACGGGAGGAAGAGGAAACAGAAGGAGCAGCAGGUGGAGAUGAGCCAAGCUUGCCCCGAGCCGCUGGAGGACUGCGAGCUGAAGAAGCACAAGAAGAAGUCGAGGAGGAGCAAGGAUGGGAGGGAGGAGGAGGAGGGUGGAGGAGAGGGGGAGGACGACCAGGCCAAACGCUGCUCAGCUCUGUCAUCUUGAUCAUCAUGGAUGAUAAUGACAAUUACUUGAAUUAUGUUUUUCCUUCUCUGUCCAAAAAGUGCCUGUUUUUUUUUUUUUUUUACUUAUUUUCCUUUUGCCAGGAUACUUUUUGUGUCAUCUUCAGAUAUUUAGUUUGAAAUGCACCAGCUAAAAUACAAAGCAAACAAUUUGUAAAAGGAAAAGCACUUUAUAACAAUCAAGAAAAAAGUCUGAAUGUGAAUGGAAGCAAAAGUUGAAACCAUUGACUGCUUGAAUUAGUUUGAGUUGAAGGAGUUUUCACAGCUUUGCUCAGGUCUGCCCGCACCUACAGGAAAAUCUUACUUUUACUUGAAACAGGUCCACCAGUCAUUUGAUUUGCCUCAAACUGGAGCACAGACGUGCACCGGAGAGGAUUAUUGAAAGAGUUUGUGAUUAAUUUAAAGGAGAGACUGUGAAUAUUUAUGAUUUGAACCUCUGUGUUGUACUUUCGUUUUUUCUUUUUAAUUUUGUAAAUGUUGGAUCAAUUAAUAAUCUACCAGAGGAGCGUUUAGUUUUUCCUGUUUUGAAGGAAAUAAAAAAAAAGAAAUCAUCCAUAAAA